CAAAUGUUGUUAUUAAGACAUGGAUUAAACAUCGUUUAUGAUUUAUUACUUAAUGAAGAUAUUAGCAACCAAGAUGAUCGUGUAAAUCGUUAUAUCACAGCUUUGAAAACAUUUUUCGAAGUUUAUUUCGAUAGAAUCAAUUCCCCAUUGAAGAUUAACGAUAACAUAUUUAAAUUAACCAAUAAUUAUAAAAUUUGGACCAAAUGUUCUGAAGAAGCUAAAGAAUUUAUUGAAAGUACUUUAAAAACAGUUAUCGAAUUAAAAAAGAAAUCGCCGAAUAAAAAUGAUCGAAAAGAUUUUAUUGAUUUACUUUUAGAAUCUGGUUUGAGUUAUGAUAGAAUUUUAGCGCAGCUUCGAACAUUAGUUGUUGCUGGUUCCGAUACAGUUUCAGCUGCAACUGGUUUUGCUCUUUACGAACUUGCUAAACACCCAGAAUUACAAGAAAGAAUUUAUCAGGAAUACAUUUCGAUUGUAGGUGUUGACGAAAACGUUUUUGCAGAAUUUAGCGAUAUUCAACAAAUGAGUUUUGCUGAUUGCGUUAUGAAAGAAACUUUAAGACUUUAUCCCCCAUUUCCAUUUAUUUCUAGAACUUUAAUUAAAUCGGCAGAAAUCGGUGAUAAAGUUUUUCCGGGUGACAUCGAUUUAGUCUUUUCAAUAAUAGGGUCCCAUUAUUUAAAUUUUGAAGAACCCACAAAGUUUAAACCCGAAAGAUUUCUUCCAAAAAAUGCCACCAAAAUCCCAGCAAAUGCUUAUUUACCAUUUUCGUUGGGACCAAGAGAUUGCAUAGGUAAAAUAGUUGCAAUUGCCGAAGUUAAAUUUUUAAUUAGCUACAUUAUGAGACAUUUUACAUUACAUCCAAUCAAUGAUCAUGAAGCAGAUAUAGCUGGUGAAGUGGUUUUAACAAGCAAAAAUGGCUUACCAAUUAUUUUUAAAGAAAGAAUAAUCGAAUAAUCGGAAUUUUAAAU